GCGCAGGUAGCCUGUGGGAAGAUCCAGCGUCUAAGGAGAGCGGAUUAAUCCCAUAUUAAUCGCCAAAGUUGACUUUCGUCUUCCCUCGUUGACUCUCGUAUGUUCGUAAAAUGUCCGGAUUUCUAGAUUUUUCAGAUGUCCAGCAGGUGGUGGUGAAAGAAGAAGAGGUUCCACUUGAGGAACAGGAAUGGAACUCCAGUCUGAACCAGGAGGAGCCAGCACAACCAGCCCACAUCAAAGAGGAACAGGAGGAACUGUGGAUCAAUCAGGAGAGAAACCAGCCUCAAGGAGCUGAGGAGGCUGAUAUCAUCAAGUUCACAUUCACUCCUGUCCCCAUGAAGAGUGAAGACGAUGAUGGAGAGAAACCUCAGUCCUCACGGCUUGAUGGAAACCCACGAGAUGAGAAAAGAAACAGAAAGCGUUUGAAAACAAAAUCUGAUGGGGAUGACUGUGGAGGAUCAGGAGCAAACAGAGACUUGAAUCCAAACAAUCAUUUACAGCCUCUAAAACAAACUUCAGACCUUUCUGGAUCAGGAACUGAUGACAGUGUUGAUUGGGAGGGGAGUGGUGAAGCUAAGGAAGGUUUAAAGGAUUCAGAAAAUAAAGAUGUACCUGCAAAUGAUGUCAGAUGUAACACUGCGGACACGUCAGUUCAGCAAAAGAAGCAGCAACACAGAGGCACCCAUUCAGGGGAAAAACAAUUUAGUUGCUCAGUUUGUAAAAAGAGUUUCCCAUCCCGAAACAGUUUGAUCAGGCAUGAAAGAGUCCACACAGGGGAGAAACCAUUUAGCUGUUCAGUUUGUGGUAAAGGGUUUUCCCUACAAGGAAAUCUUAAAAAGCACUUGAGUGUUCACACAGGGGAGAAACCGUUUAGCUGUUCAGUGUGUCACAAAAAAUUUUCCCGUAAGGGACAUCUAAAGCAACACUUGACUGUCCACACAGAAGAAAAACCAUUCAGCUGCUCAGUCUGUGGUAAAAGAUUUACCCAACUAGGAAAUCUGAAGCAACACAUGAAUGUCCACACUGAGGGAAAACCUUUUAGCUGUUCCUUUUGUCAAAAAGGAUUUUCUGAUGAAGGAAGCCUGACAAAACACUUGACUGUCCACACAGGGGAGAAACCAUUUUGUUGCUCUAUUUGUGGAAAGGGAUUCAUGAAAAAUGGAGAGCUAAAAAGACACGCUGUUGUCCACACAGGGGAAAAACCAUUUGAGUGUUCAGUGUGUUUUAAAAGAUUUCCAUGGAGGACCACCUUAAAUGAACACAUGCGUCGCCAUUCAUCAGAAAAACCUUUUAGUUGCUCAGUUUGUGAGAAAGGUUUUGUCAAUAGAGCAGAAUUGGCAGUGCACAUGAGCGUACACACAGGAGAGAAACCGUAUAGUUGCACAGUAUGUGGUAAAGGAUUCACUACAAGUGGAGAUGUUAAAAGACACUCUGUUGUCCACACAGGGGAGAAACCAUUUGAAUGCUCAAUUUGUGGUAAAACAUUUCCAAGAAAGAUCACCCUAGAUGAGCACAUGCUUCGCCAUUCGUCAGAAAAACCUUUCAGCUGUUCAGUUUGUGAGAAAGGUUUUGUCAAUAGAGCAGAACUGACAGUGCACAUGAGAGUGCAUGUAGAAGAUAAACCGUAUAGUUGCUCUGUUUGUGGCAAGGGAUUCACAAAUAGUCAAGGUGCUAGAAAACACUAUUUGAUCCACGCAAGGGAAAACCCCUCACUUGCAUUGUUUGUGGAAAACAAUUCCAACUAGUAGAGCAUUUCAAAGAUUGCUCAUGUGCUGGUGAGAGCAGUAAGGAAAUCUUCAGUAAGUUGUAAUUAAUUUCAUCCGUCCAGUUAGGAGGAAGUGACUUGAUAGAAUUUCUGUUUUUAUUUUUGUGUUUUUCAUUGUUGUAUCUACUGUAUUUCUUAUAGUAAGAAAUAAGGAGGAUAAACUUCAUUUUUCUACAUAUAACUAAGAUUCAGUUUGGAUCUUUGUAAAUAGAAUAACCAAGACUAAAGUCUAGACCUGCUCUUUCUGUAAUGUGUCUUGAGAUAAUCUUUGAUAUGAAAUGGUAAUAUACAAGGGACAAAAGAUUUUUUUGUUAACAUUAAUAGUUCUCUUUGGUUUCACACUGUAUGAAAUUGUUUUCAAAAAGUGGUUUAACCAGCCUUAAUGGAACCCUGGUCAUUAUUUGUUGCUUAUCAUUGAAAUAA